GUCUUCGACCUAGUGUUCUGACCGCAGACUUUCCCGCCAGAAUACAGAAAGAUGGAGGCACAAAAGCGACCUGUUCAGGAAUCUAACAGUAGUUCUUCAUCUCAGCUUUGCUGCAGUGAAAGAAGCUCGAGCACCAAAUUAGCGGAGAGUGCGAAGUUGAGAAUGGACACUUUCACAUUGUGGCAGCGCUUAAGUCCAACUCCACAAUCUCUGUGUACUGUCGGCUUUUAUUAUACCGGUAACCACAAUGGCGACGAAGUGAGAUGCAGUUAUUGCCUGCGGACUGUAAGCAACUGGGCAAGGACACGUAUACCGGUACCUUUUAUGGAGCAUUACUGUGUCCAGCAAGAAUGCCCAUUUGUGCAAAAGUUCGGUCCCGUGGUUUCUAAUCUUCCUUCAAUGAUGGACCAUUCCUUACACAAUCCCUACUAUUCACAAUUCAUCAACAGGGAGCAUUCAUUUGCUGGGAAAGAAAGUAUGUUUUUACCAAGCACUAGUUCACUAGCGCUAGCUAAAGCAGGAUUUUACUACACGGGACCCGGUGAUAUGGUUCGAUGUUUCUCUUGCGGCAUCAAACUUAAAAAGUGGGAGAGGUAUGAUAUUCCAGUGGGAGAACACUAUAAAUGGUCUCAUGAUUGUCUAUUCCUAAACACGUUACUGCUGAAAAUGACCACUGUCAUUGAAGUAAGAAAGGAAGACAGUUUUAAUCAAGCACCGACGGGAGAGAGAAAUGCAUCUCAGCCGUGUUCUACCCUUCCCACCAGAAUUGCAAUUCCUGCAAAUGAUCCAGGUGAAGAACGCGUCCAUUCAAUAGCAAAUUAUCUGAGACAGCCAGGCAGCUCUAAACAAAAGUCUAGAAAUUUAAUUACAUUGUUGGCCAGUCCCAAAGUUCAGAGAGUUCUGUGCAGGACUAAGUCGAAAUCUCUAGCACUGCAAAUUCUUCAGAAGUACCUGUCGUCUUACCCUAAUGACACAUGGACAUCAGAGGAACUCCUUUUAGCUGUUAGGGUGGCAGAGGUUUACACAGCUGUUCCUGACGAAAAGCGUUUACAAGAUGGACAAGAAUCACAUGGGCUAUCAGUGCGCGAGAAUUCCGACGACCAGUCAACUGUCUUUUUACCUUGUGGUCACCAGCAGGAUAAUCAAGACUGCCCAAUUUGCAGAAAUAGCAAAUAAGUUCUUUUAACUUAUCAAGAACAAUAUGGAAAUAGACACAAAACAUCUUGGUGUUAAACAAAAGUCCCGAGGUAUUGGCCUUAGUCCCCACACUUUUACGGGCAUAAUUUUUCGCGCCAGUAUUCAUUAAUUCUAUUCUAUUCACUGAUCGAAAUAACGGCCUGCCCGCGGCUGGUAAUUCUAAUCUAUCACUCACUGAAAUUUACUUUGCCAUGUCUUGUUUUGAUAAUAAAGUUUAUGAAAGCGAGAUGCGAGUUUGUUAUCGAUGUUUUCUAUUUAUGGACUAAGACUAGUAAUUAUUUCCCCUUAUUUCAUGAUGGACGAAUGUAGUGCGAGUUAUAAAUAGACAAUUUUUCCCUUAAUUUUUUUCUCCCCUCUUCCUGCAUUUUUGGGUUGACUUUUUGGUCUAGAAUUGGAGAAAAGGGAUCAAAUUUGCAAUUUCAUAGCAGUUUUGGGUAAUACUGAUGAUAUUACAGCGGAGGGAUAGGGGGUGUAAAGUGUCUUUCUGCAGAGCAGUCAUUGUGUCGGAAGUGAGAUUUUCACCCCAGUCAACUUCAAAUCCGUGUAGCAAAAAAUCUAAAUGGUCAACCCCCUACAAAAUUAUGAUGAGGAGAUUGCCAAAUGUUGUCCCCAUUGUGCCUAUAAAGAUUGGAACCAACGGAAUGUUGAGAAAAAAGCUACAGCCUGUGAUGUUACAGCCAUUUAACAUUGAAGUCAAUGGGCAAAUAAUUGCUAGUCUGAGUCCUUAUAACAGUGACAGAUCUUCAGUCUGUGAAGAUAAGAAUUUACUCUAGUGUAUCUGCCUAAAUUUAAGUUAUCUGUGCCGUGAUUGGCCAUACUUAGUAACAUGGAACAAUAAAGACCAAUCAAAGCUAGUGUUACAAUCACGUUUAGGUUAUCAAACAAAAUGGCGUCGUAAAUACCUAUUAGAAUGUCACAAUUAAAGAUUUUUAGUUUUUUAUCAAACUCAAACAUAAAAGAAAAGACCCAAAUUGAAAAAGACAUUGAGGAAAAGGAUAAAGAAUAUGAAAAUAAUAAAAGAAAUAGGACGUAUCAAAUUAAGUGGCAGAUAGAAUUUCCGUGGCUGAUAACCGACAAAGAAUCCCAAGCAAAGAUUCCUGCAUCGUAUGACAGAUACAAACGUGUCCCAUUCGUGCUUGGGUGCAGCAAUUUAAAACAUGACGCACUCAAGACACAUAACUAGUCAAUUGGCCAUACAAGGGCUGUGGAAUUCAGGAAAACCAAAGAAAUGAAACCGGGUGAAUCGCCGGCUGAGCGAUCCAUGGAGAAAUUAAAUGCAAAGGCAUUCAAAAACCUAAAAAUUUUAAUCAGCAAUUGCCAUGCUUUGGCCAAAAACUCUCGUCCUUUCACAGACUAUGUAUGGCAACGACAAAUAGAUGCCCGAAAGGGAAUUGAAAUAGGGUCAGCAUAUGCAUCAGACAAAUCUGCUGCUUUAUUUACUGCAGCAAUUGCAGAAGUUGAAAAUAUCAAAAUUGAACAGCAAAUCAAAGAUGCAAAAUUCUUUUCUGUAAUGAGUGAUGGGUCAACAGAUGUCAGCACUCAGGAAAAUGAAAUUGUGUACAUCCGAUGUGCUAUUAGAGGUACAGCCUUGUAUUUUUUGUGAAACUUGUCCAUGUCAAAAAGGCAGAUUCACAAGGAAUUUACCAACCUCUCGUGAAGGCAAUGAACAUGUUCAAGGACAUAAACAUUCAAAGCAAGUUGAUUGCUUUCGGUUGCGAUGGAGCCUCAGUUAAUACUGGAAAGAAAAAUGGGGUGAUAGUGAAGCUUCAACAAAACAUUUCACCUUCAAUUGUAUUGGUUCACUGCAUGGCCCACCGAUUGGAAUUAUGUUUCAAGACAGCAAAACAGUAUGCAGAUGUGAUAAAAAUGCUUCAACUUGUGUACUCAUUCUACAAAGGCUAUCUUCAAAGUUUUCUUACCUUGUUGUUGGUUUUGUUCUUGUUGGUUUACAGUUAACUGAGUGGACCAACAUUUUGUGUCAUCUACAAGUUAAAGGUCAAUGCUGAAAGAGUCUUUCGAGUCCCUUGGAAUAGCUCCAGUGAUGCCAACGAGGAUUGGUGGCACCAGAUGGGUGGGCCAUGCCGUCACAGCUUUGCAGCAGCUGUGGAAAGGAUAUCCAGCUAUUUUUCAGCACACUGGACAGGCAGCAGAGCAUGGCAGUGGUGCUGACAGUUCAGCUCAGACAAAAGCUAAGUCCCUCUUCAAGCUCCUGACACAGCGCUCAUUAAUUGUUUUGCACAUUUCCUUAAUGAUGUACUAAACGCACUCAGCAAGCUGUCUGCAGAGCUACAGAGGAGGAAUGUAACCAUUCAUGAGUGCAGUGAGCAGAUAGAGGCUACCAUUGCAACCAUGGAACAGAUGAAAGAAAAACCUGGAUUUCAUCUACGUGCUGUGCAGUUGAUGAAGAGUUUUCAUGGCCAUCAGCUGUCUGGGGAGUCUGUUUCGUCGUCCACGCUGACCAAGGUGCUGAAUCAAGUCAUUGAAUCCAUGUCAAAUCGAUUCUCAGACAUCAGUGAUACACUCCUUUCAGCGACUUCCAUUGCAGAUUUGAUGACAUGGCCAGAUUUUGGAGCAGACAAACUUCAGGCCAUUACAGACUACUACCGAGACUUUCUUGCCCAAAGGUGUGAUAUUGAGUUACAGCUUGUUGACCCGGAGUGGAUGAGUCUUAAAACCAAGAUCUACAAGCCACAAGCCUUGUGAGCUGUCCUGGAAUAUUAUCUGGGAUCUCUAUUGAGAGAGACACAGCAACUGCCUACACAUGAUGGAUCUCAAGCUAGCCCUACCAGCCGCAACAGCUGAGUGUGAGCGUGGAUUCUCUCAGCUUAAAAUUAUUAAAACAGACAUAAGAAACAAGCUCAGCUUCUCCACAGUGUCAAACCUAUUGACCAUACAGUUAAAUUCUGAAGCGGUGGAGAAGUAUGACACAACACAGGCCAUCCACCACUGGCUGAGAGCCAAGCCUCGCAGGACCAUACACCUUCAAAAGGACCUUUCAUGUUCUAACUCCUGCCGACGCCAUUGACCUUGAAAGUAAUGAAAGAGUAGAAGUAGAGGCUCAAGCUGCCAAGGCAGCAGGCACUGAAGAGUGUGCAUCCUCUGAUGAUAGUUACUAUGAAGAUUCUGUAGUCUCUGACUACUCUGACAUUGAUAUGUAAUCUCUUAGUUAGAGCCUGGCUGAUUAAAUAACGUUUGAAACAGUGAUGCAUUAUUCUAGUUUUUUUGUAAGAUAUGUUACAAAAUGUGGGCAGGCAACAUUCUAGAUGAGCAGGCAACUUUUAUGGGUCACCUGCCCGACUGGCAGGUUAAGGUUGAAAGUUAUUUCAAUCACUGGUUCUAUUACUUAUAUUUGUAAUGUUUUAUUUUUGUAAGCGGGAUUAUGUGUUAUAUAACUUAUUAAAAUUUAGAAAAUGAA